UCAAAAAUAAUGGACAUUUAUUUCGUCUUUGAACAAAAGUGAUCGGCUGGUGAAAAAUCUCGUGCAAGCCGCAAAAUUCAAUAGAUAGAAGUUACAAAACAGUGUAACAUUAAACUAUAUUAAGUUAUGGAGUCCGAAAAUGACGUAUCCAUCGAGCGUCAAUCGGCUUCUCGAGAAGCGAGUCCUUCCGGUGAACGGAAAUCUCGUUCACGAUCGCGUUCCCCAUCAAAGCCACGAAGUCCUUCCAAAAGCUCUGACGCAGCUGCUGUAAAAUCUCGUUCACGUUCACGUUCAUCAUCCGUAAAAUCAGCUCGAAGCGAUGCUGCGGGUUCGCAUAAAUCGAAAUCACGCACUCCAAGCCCGAAUACAACGGCAGAGCAUAAUAGCACUAAAGAAAGUAUCGAUUCGCUUCGCGACAAGAGUCGUUCUAAAUCGCCGACUAAUGAAAUUGUCAGAAAUGGUAACCGGUCUCGCAGUGGAUCACCUGCGUCAAGGAAGAGCCGCAGCCGUAGUGUCGGGUCCAACAGAUCUAAACGUUCACGCUCAAAAUCACGCUCCAGAUCAAAGAGUGUUGCAAAAUCAAAAUCGCGCUCUAGGUCUCGAUCUAAAUCACGUUCCGUGACACCAUCCAAAGUUCGGUCUAGAUCGCAAUCCAAAACCCGUUCUAAGUCACGAUCCAAGUCGCGUUCCAGGUCCGCAUCGCUUGCGCGCUCACGCUCACGCUCACGUUCACGGUCGAAGUCUCGAUCCAAGUCGCGCUCCAAAUCGCCUUCCAAGGCACGAUCCCGUUCGAAGUCUCGUUCUAAAUCGCGCUCCAAAUCGGUUUCCAAAGCACGCUCGAGAUCACGGUCUCGUUCGAGAUCAGUCUCUAAGGCUCGUUCCGCUUCACGCUCGCGUUCACGGUCAAUAUCGCGCUCUAAGUCACCUGCAGGCAGUCGAUCGCGAUCCCGAUCCAGGUCUAGAUCAGCAUCACGCUCUAAGUCGAGAUCCCGCUCACGAAGUCGCAGUCGAUCGGGAAGCAAGGCUCGUAAGUCAAGGUCUCGGUCACGAAGCCGCAGUCGAUCAGGAAGCAAGGCUCGUAGCCGUAGUCGAAGCGGAAGCAGAUCCAGGAGUAGAUCUAGAUCCCGGUCUAGGUCGGGCUCCAGAUCAAGAUCUAGAAGUCGGUCUAGUGCGAGACAAAGUCGUAGUCGGAGCAGAAGUAGAAAGUCAGGUUCCAGAUCACGCUCGCGAUCUAAGUCUGGUUCACGAUCAAGAUCUCGUUCGAGAAGCCGCAGUCGCUCCGGAAGUCGAGCAAGCUCUAGACGUAGCCGUAGUCGUAGUCGAAGCUCGGCAAAAUCUCGUAGCCGUUCCCGGUCACGUUCAGAUAGAUCGCGAUCCGGUAGUCGAUCGGUCUCACCGGCGAAAACAAAGAAGCGGGGUGCCGUUUUGAGCGACUCGGACGAUGAAGGAGCAGCGGACAAAACGCCGAAGAAACGUGCUAAAAUUACCGACUCUGACCACGAAGGGGAAGAAUUGGAGGAGACUGCAGAUCCCGCUGUUCCAGGAACGGAGGAAUCGAAGGACGAAUCUAGCGCUAUCAAUGAACGACCGUUGGUCGACACCGGGGAUUCUGAUGAUGAGGGUGUACGUGAAGGGAGCGGACGCGAAUUUAUCUCGGACUUUGAGUUAAUGUUGGCACGCAAAAAAGAAGAGAAAUCAAAACGACGCAAACGCAACGAUAUCGAUUUAAUCAAUGACAACGACGAUCUGAUUGCGCAACUGUUGCAACAGAUGCGCCAAGCAGCCGAAGAUGAUCGCCAGUUAAAUAAUACGGGCCAGCCUGCCACUAAAAAGAUUGCCAUCCUAAAGUAUGCAAUGUCUCAGUUGAUAAAAAAAGACCUACAAUUGGCCUUUUUGGAACAUAAUGUGCUAAAUGUCCUGACUGAUUGGUUGGCUCCGUUACCGAACAAAUCGUUACCCUGUUUACAAAUUCGAGAGUCGAUUUUGAAGUUACUAUCCGAUUUCCCUUGUAUUGAUAAGUCGUACCUGAAACAGUCGGGUAUUGGCAAAGCGGUUAUGUACCUCUACAAACAUCCCAGGGAAUCGAAAUUGAAUCGUGAGCGUGCGGGAAGACUGAUUUCCGAAUGGGCACGACCAAUUUUCAACCUCAGUACUGACUUUAAGGCUAUGUCUCGCGAGGAAAGACAGGAGCGAGAUCUGCAGCAGAUGCCAAAAAAGCGUCGAAACUCUCCGGAACCUCAGGGACAAGGUAGCACUAGCAAAAAAGGUCUACCGUUCACCGAAGCGGAAAAAGGUGCUUUACGUCCAGGAGACAAAGGAUGGGUACAGCGCGCUCGCGUUCCCAUGCCAUCGGAUAAAGAAUAUAUCGUACGACCGAAAUCUACCAGCGAUAUUGAUAUGACACGGAUCACCAAGAAGAAAAUGAAUCGAUAUGAAAAACACUUGAAAAAGUUCAUUGAUGCUAAGCGUUUGAAGGGUUCGCGGCGUGCCGUUGAGAUUUCCAUCGAAGGCAGAAAAAUGGCGCUUUAAUUGGACCCAACGGUCGACGAGGAAGUUAUAGUUGAUUAAUUCUAUCAUAUAAACCGUGAUAACCUUUAAACUAUACUUUGGCUUUCAAUAACCAAAAUGCCAGAGAAAAUAGUUUCAAAAACUGGCAGGACUGGCCUCAAGGUAUGCUAUUAAUUACACUGUACUUUGCUCUAGAAACUUUUUUUUUAAAUAAAUGAUGAUAUCAAUAAAGGUAUACUACGUCUCACAAUA